GGAUGGGGCGGGCAGGGUCUCCCCGCUGCUCCCUUCGCUCCUCCCCUCCGCGUCCCGGCGGCGGCGGCGGGAUGCGAGGCUGGAGAUGAGCCUUUCCGCGGGGCUCCCAGCAGAAAAAAAGAAAAGUUCUUUUUCUACCCAUUCUUCUUGGUCAUGGAGCCCCGAACGGGGUUGCACGACAGCCCGGAGCUGCGCCGGGCCACGCGGCUGAGCGUGGUGGAGCUGCGAUCGCUUUUCGAAGCUCGCUGCGCCGCCGUGGCCGCCGCCGCCGCCCGGCAGCUCCCGGACCCGGCUAAAAGGGGCUGCCGGCGUCCCAACGGGGUGCUGCCCCCCGUCAUCCCCCGGCUCACCGUCACCGCCGAGGAGAGCGAAGAGGGGCAGGGCAGCGGCCAGGCGCGACCGCAGCAGCACCCGGAGGGCGGCUGGCUGAGGACGGACAGCUCGUUGCACCGCAGGCUUUCCACCUCCUCGCUCUCCUCCACGGGUUCCUCGUCCCUCUUGGAGGACUCGGAGGACGAUGUGCUGAGCGACACGGAGGGCAGGAGCCAGGGCAUCGUGCACCUGGAGCACGGCGAGGAUACCAACCAGAAAAAGGCAUGGCAUACAAUUAAAACCAUGGUUAACUUACCAGUCAUCAGCCCCUUCAAGAAACGCUACUCGUGGGUGCAGCUAGCUGGGCAUACAGGAAGUUUCAAGGCAGCUGAUAGUGGGAAGAUUCUCAAGCGCUUCUCCGAGAAUGAAAAGGAGUGUUUUGAACGAUUGAUGAAAGACCCGCUACGUUCCUGUGUCCCUUGCUUCCAUGGUGUGGUGGAGAGAGAUGGCGAGAUCUACAUUCAGCUGGAUGACUUGCUAACUGAUUUUGAAGGGCCUUCUGUGAUGGACUGCAAAAUGGGGAUCAGGACAUACCUGGAGGAAGAGUUGACUAAGGCCCGUGAGAAACCAAAGCUGCGUAAGGACAUGUACAAGAAAAUGAUUGAAGUGGAUCCUCUUGCUCCCACAGCUGAAGAGAAUGCCCAGCGUGCUAUCACCAAACCCCGAUACAUGCAGUGGAGGGAAACCAUCAGCUCUAGUGCCAACCUGGGCUUCAGGAUUGAAGGGAUUAAGAAGGCGGAUGGAACAUGUAACACAAACUUCAAAACUACCAAGACACAGGAGCAAGUUCUACAGGUUUUUGUGGAAUUCAUUGAGGGCAACACAAUUAUUCUGAAAAAAUACCUCAAGCGUCUGCAGGAAAUUCAUGUCAUUCUUGAAUCCUCAGACUUCUUCAAACGACAUGAGGUUGUUGGAAGUUCACUACUUUUUGUACAUGAUGGCAGUGGGAACGCCAAUGUGUGGCUAAUUGAUUUUGGAAAGACCACCCUUCUCCCUGAUGGGCAGACACUGGAUCACAGGAUCCCCUGGCAAGAAGGCAACAGGGAGGAUGGGUACUUGUUGGGUUUGGACAAUUUGAUUGGCAUCUUGGAAAGCAUAACUGAAAGAUGAGUUGUGAAUGGCACAAAACUUGCAGGGCUGCUCUGUAACUUUCUGCUCUACUGGGAUUACUCAGUUAGAAGGAAACCUUUUAACUCUCUCCAAACUCCUGCGGUCAUCAGUGCAGAGGGAGCUGCAUCCAGAAUGUAGCAGUUAGUGAGCAAAAGGACUUUGCAUUAUCCCUCUAUGAAUUUAAAGAACUCCAGAUUGGUCUGUAUUGCACCAGCCUACCUUGAGACUGGUCCUCAGAGGAUGAAGAUCUCCAUACUCGGGAACCACACAAGCAUGAGUGAAGAGGUCUUCAUGGUAAACCAGAAUGAUUCUGAUUUCUGGCAAAUAGACGGGACUCCAGAUUACCUCUUAGUGAUCCAGAGCAUGUGAUUGGGGAUUCAGGGUAGGAAUAACAAUUUUUCAGGAAACUCUGUAAUUCUGAAACCAGCAAGAGUGAUAUUUUCCCCCCGCCCCAAAUUCCAAGUCGUCUUGCUCCUGUGUAUAUUAUUGGAUGGACCAACAACUUCUGCUAUGUUGUGCUACAGUGUGCACAAGGUAGAAAUGGAUAAUCACAAGAAACCUGGAGCAAACGAAGACAGCAGUUUGUAGUGGCUGGAUGUGCUAACUGCUGAUGACCAUUCCUGCUCCUCCCUACCCUUGCCUCGAUUCAAUCCAAGAACAGCCUUUGCUUUUUAUGUAGCCUCUCAGGAGAUUACAGAUACUCUAGGGAGAGAAUAGCAGUCUAUUGUCUCCAAAAACAUUUGACUUUCAGACUGGGUGGGCUGUUGGAAAAGUGCCUAACUUGGCAAGUUUGGUCUCUUGCAGCUGAACUGCAGUUCUGAAAAUCUGUAAUGACUCUUUCGCACACAGACCAGGGAACUAAGGGUUUUUUCAAGGCUUGUUUCUUUUUUAAAAAUAAGAUCCCUAUACACGUGCACAAACAUGCACUAGUAGCCAGCAACCAACGUGAUCUCUUAAGACCAUGGUUUGACUGUCUCCUAAUGCACGUGGUUCCUGGCCAUGUUCCUGUUCCCAAAUGCAGCUGUCACUUAAGUGUAUAGACUGGUGCAGCAACCGGGAAGGUAAUGUUUCUGCAUUCACAGCAUUACACUAACAAUGAGGUAAUUCCCAGGCAUCCUUCCUCCAAGGUAUCAGUUGUUAACUCAGGGCAGUUUAGAGGAAGGAAUGUCAAUAUAUCACAUCACAUAGUCCCCAGUUGGAAUCGCAGGGCCACCUGUGAGUCAUUCUUUUUUUGCUGUGGCCCAGGCACAUCCACAGCCACAGAAAAUUCACAGUGUUUAGGUUUAAAUCAGGAAAGACUGAAGGGAUUUCUUGUAAUGGCUUCACAUAACUUCUGUGGGCUGCCUCUAGUCACUUGAACAGUUCUUUAAAUACUAGCAGUAUAAAUACUAGCAGUAUUCACAUGUUCACUCACUUUCCAGGUUUUAACAUUGAUAACGUGAUGAUGCAAAAUGAUUUCAAAAUGAGGACAAGUCUUAUUACUAUUUGAUUGUUAAUCCCCUUUCAACAUCUAAAGAUAGUAAUGCAUAUGGAUGAGAAAUUGCUGUCUUGUGCUCAGGAGACAUUCUGAGAACUGUGGGAUAUAUGAAGGUGACUCCUUGCUUUGGCAAACUGCUAUUUCAGUAAUAAUUGUGAUCAUGACCAAAAAGGCUGUAGAGUCCAGAUCUAGAAUGAAAUAUACUAUAGCAUUUGUAAUUAGAAUUGAAGAGCCUAAAAUGAUUUCUAAAAGGAGUUACUUUAGAUAACACACUACUUUACUGACUUUUUAAUCACCUCUUAACAGAACAGCAAUACUAAAAAUUCAAGCUCGGUUGUGACCUAAAAGUUAGAAAACAUAGAGCGGGUAUUCUAUAGGAAGAAAUGAUGUAGAAACCUUUCAUCUUAAAACAGAAAUUGCUUGAAACUGGUAAUUAUUUUUACAGUACACUGCAAAGUCAGACUUCUGUGGUCUCACAGAGUCCUUCUGAGUUUUAUUUUUAUGGUAGUAUAUUAAUGAGUUUUUGACUUGGAUGUUUCAGAAGGUUUGCAAUUUUUUAAGUGUCAGCAAGCCUUCAAUGGAGAGAGAUUAUCAUUCCAGAUGCCUCCUAACUUUUGAACUGCUAUGAGAUGAGAAAUUAAUCUGUUGUGAAUUUCAUUCAAUUUAAAACAAAGCAAAACAAAACACAACCCAAUUCUUUUUCCUAUUCUGCAGCCAACAGGUGAGCCAUAGGUAAGGAGAAUUGGAAGUAAAUAUGCCUCACAGGGGAAGCCUUGAAUAAGACCUUUUCUAUGAGACUGCAAUUGCAAGCAGUUCUACCAUAACAAAAAAAAUUAGAAGAGUUAGAAAUGAGACUGUUAAGGUGAUAGAAUUAAUUAGUGGUUUGCCUAAUUAAUCUUCAGAUUUAAUUUUCUUUCUUCUCUUACUACAUAUGUGAAUCUUUUGCACCAGUAUAACUUAUUUUCUAAAGGGAAGAUUUAGGGGGUAAAAGUUGACGCUCAAAUGUCAGUUGAGAGUUUGAGACAAACUUUUAGACUGACUGUCCAGGUCUAAAGGAGAAAUAGAAGCAAUGUGGUACCAGUAGCUUCAUAAGAUCCAACUAGCACCUGGACGGUUUGUAGUAUGUGGUCUUGGGGGAGAACAUGGAUAAUGAUCCAUUGUUCUGCAGGAGUUGACAAGGUCAGGGGAAAAAUGAUGAAAAUCUCUGCUGCAGCAGACCCUGUCUGGAAACUCAUUCUAGAUGAUAAAUAGUUCUAGCAAAUUAGUUUUGAAAUGGCCCUUUGGCUUGCUAAGGGAUUAGAAGGGAAGAAGCCACAAUCUGCUGCUCUUAUGGGAAAAAAAAAGAGGAGGCAGCUUUUCAUUAGCAAACUGCAAGUGUAGGACUGCAACUGGGCACUGGAGCUCUAAGGGGCUGAGUCUCUGAGCUUGAGCAAACAAGUACAGAAUUAAGUUAGCUACCUUAAUUCACACUGGAUAGCCCAGAGUGCUGGUCUCUCUACACUCACUUGCUAGUGUGAGGAAGCAGCAUAACCUUCUUUCACUAUGGGGUAAGUUAAGUUGCCUUGAAUAAGCUUAUAUUUACCAAAGGGUCCACAUGAUGCCUUUGCACAGGCAUGUAAUGUAGAAGAGCUCACGAUAACCAAGGCACUUGUACACAUACAAGUCCGGAAUGUAGUUCUUUAAUGCCUCCACUGAGAUAUUGCCUCACUCAGGAAACACGGAGAGCUCGUGUUUCCACAGCGUAUCUACGCUGGCUCAGAGGUACUUUGGUGCUGAACAGCUAACCUGUGACUUGUGCACCAAGGUCUUAACAAUUUUCACUAGCUAGAUGCAGCUGUAGCUGCUCUAUUCUUAUGUGACUCUAGCAGUAUGACUUCUCUCCCUCAACUUUGUCAGUGACCUGUUUUUUUGGCCUUGGACAAUUAUCCUAGGCCUUGGUUUCAUUCCCAUUUUACAAAUGGGAAUAGUAUCUACUUACCUCACAGGAAUGGUGUGAGGCUGUCCUUCAUUAUUGCUUGCAAGAUGCUGUGAGAUUCUUUGAAGCAAGGUGCAAUGUAGAAAGAAAUGCAUCAGCUAAGUUUAAAAAUUACACAUGUUGGGACCUCACAAAGAUAUGAAUUUGGAUGAAAUUUAACCAAAGUGGUGAAAAUUAAAUCCCUCUUAAUUUUACACUGGAGGGAAGUUCACUUAACAUCUGAUCCAAUUCCUUUUGUAGGGAAAGAUUUCAAUGGGAGUUGGACCAACCCUUAAGUAUCUCAGAGGGGUCUUGCUAUUUUUUUUUAUUGCUGUUGUUAUUUGUUAUUUUUAAGGUACUGAGAUCAAAUAGCCUGUAUCAUCCACAGCGCAUCCGUUCUGAACACUACAAUGCAAUGCUGACCAUGGUCACUUUUGACAUUGACUGUAUUGGUUGAGUGUUUGUUACUCUGAAGCGUGUAUGCUACUAAAUAAAUGAGA